AUCUGCAUGUUCUGUUUCGGCCCUCGUAGCAGGCUACUAGAUUUUGAUUCCACCUAUCGAAAGAGACUUGCUACAAGUUACACGUACAUUUACACAUUUCAAGAUUCUCUAGCGUUAACACAUUUCAAGAUUACACGUACAUUUUUCGAAUAUGCGCAAACACAUUAUUUUAAUCAUUUGAAUAUUUUUAGAAAUGCAUGAACCAUUGGAAAAUAUGCACACUUUUUAAAAUAAAAAAUGCUUUAAAAUACAUGAAUGUAUUUUAUAUUAUAGUAUUAACAUUUUAAAAAAGUGAACACCUUUUAAUCAAGUUACUGUUUUUGAAAAAAGAUUGAACACUUACUGGACAGGGGCAAAAACAACUAGUCCGGCAAGGAUUAUCGUCUGCACAUGCUGCUUUAGCACUCGUGUCGGGCUACUAGAUUUUGAUUCCACCUAUAGAAAUAGAAAGAGACUCGUAACUUACUAUAAUUGUUCUGAAAAAUAAAAAAUUUAGGUAGAACUGUCGAUCCCUCCACUAUAUAAGUAGCAGCUUCAGUCUCCUGCAACUGCAAGAAGAAAACGAGAAGGAAAAUGGCGGGCACAAGAGCAGCAGUGAUGAAGCUGGCGGUCGUCCUCCUGGCCAUGAGCCAGCUCGUCCACAUGGCGACGCCAACGGCGGAUCCGACGACUGCAUCGUCUCUGCUGGUUACCAGCGUUUACCCUUCUGGGGGAGUCAUUUCUAAACCCAGCCCUGGCAUCAGGGCAGAGAAGGUGCUGCUGGAUGCGGCCAAGCCAAGCAUCCCUGUCCCUCCGCCUCCUCCCCACCUCAUCCUACCGUGCAAGGGAAGAACCUGCUAAGUGCUAACCUCACCUCAUGUGGAGCACCAAGUGAAGUGCAGCUGGAGCUCGAAGUGACGAAGGCAAUAAAAAUGUCCCUAGCUUCCUCUGUAUUGUCCUCGAUCGUUAUGAUCGACUGGUGGAAUAAAAUAAGAGCAC